GCUAAUCAAUAACUGAACUACUCGCAAUGCCGAGCGCACGUAACAGUGAAUAGCAAACAUUGGAUUAUAGUAUAUAAAGAAGGCAAAGUACGAGUAUAUAACAAAACAUAAAAUUCCACAUCACGAUGGCCACACACAUUUUGCAUUUGUCGAAAUUCGGUCGGCUCGCACGUACAUUCACCACCACCAGCGUCAAUACCAGCCAACAAUUCACCACACUGAAAGUUGACGACAAAACUAGCAUAGCUACUCUCACACUCAACCGUCCGCCAGCGAAUGCGCUCAACACUGGCUACAUGGUUGAGGUGCAGCGUACCAUUCAAGAUUUAGAGAAAACCAAAUGUCGCGGUCUCAUACUCACCUCGGCGUCGGAUCGCAUAUUCUGUGCCGGUCUGGAUCUGAAUGAAUGCUAUAAACCAGACGCGGCGAGCUUGGAGGUGUUCUGGUGCUCGUUACAGAAUUUAUGGCGUGCGCUCUUCUCAACGCCGCUCAUCACUGUGGCGCUAAUUAAUGGCCAUGCUAUAGCAGGCGGUUGUGUGUUAGGUCUCUGCAGUGAAUAUCGCGUUAUGUUGCCCAAUUUUAAAAUCGGUAUAAACGAGACUGCGAUUGGGUUGGCUGUGCCGUUGUGGCUGAUUGAUACCUAUACAAAUGUGGUAUCUAGCAGACGUGUUGCCGAAUUGGAUCUUACAUCCAGCCGCAUCUAUAGCAGUGAUGAGGCAUUGAAAGUGGGUUUGGUGGAUGAAUUAGCGACUAGUAAGGAGCAGGCGCUGGAAAAAGCUGUGGCAUUCAUUAAUAGCUAUGAACAACAUACUCUGACUGUGCGCUCUGCGACAAAACGGCAGUUUCGCGAAGAGAUUUUAAAGAAUUUCGAGAAAAAUCGUCAACAUGAUUUGGAAAUAUUCAUGCGCACCGUACAGAAACCUGAUAUGCAGGCUUUUAUGGGGGAAUAUUUGCAAAGUAUGAAGAACAAGAAACGUGGGAAGGCAUAGUGGGUGCGGGGAAAAUGGUUCGAAUGACUGGAAAACCGAUAUUUUAAAUUUAAGUUUGUCAAUUUGAUAAAUGUGGAAGCUUUGUAUAUACAAUAUUAGAUUAAUAUUUUGCAUUUUGUUAGCUUAGAGUAAACAAAUAAGAAAUAAAUAUAUUUAAAAAAGUUUGAGUGCCAAUAUCAAGUAAA